AUGACCGUCCCCGACUCUACCUCGAAACCCCGGAUCCAACGGGUCCCAGCAGACGCAGACCCAACCGCCAUCCGCCACCUACUCGAAGACGACGGCGCCGUAAUCCUCGAAGGCAUCUUCUCCCAAGAAGUAAUUCGGACCUUCAACCAAGAGCUCGACCCAGCCUCCAAAGCGGCCAAACUAGGCGCAAAAACAAACUACGACUUCCAGUUUCCCUACCAAUCCAAAUACGUCUUCAACCUGCCAGGCGUCAGCAAAACCUUCCGCACCGAGAUCCUCAACAACCCGGUCCUGCACGGGAUCGCUAAGAACAUCUUCGAGAGGACCGGCGACUACUGGCUCACGGCCGCGUUCCUCCGCGAGCUCCACCCGGGCCACAACCCGCAGAUGCUGCACCGCGACGAAUCCACCCACCCGCUCCUCGCGCACAUGAAGCCCGGCGCGCCACCACUAGGACUGAGUUUCAUUCUCGCGCUCACCGACUUCACCGAGGAGAACGGUGGGACACGCGUGAUCCUGGGUAGCCACAAGUGGGCCGAGGUUGGCAAUCCCACGGCCGAGCAGACGGUGCCGACGCAGAUGAAGGCGGGCGAUGUGCUGGCUCUGGCUCAGGGGGUUGUGCAUGGCGGUGGCGCGCACCCCGAGGACCUUCCGGACCCACGGCGGGCAGUGUUGGUCUUUUACAGUAGUUGCCAGCUGACGCAGUUUGAGACGUAUAAGCCGAUGCCGCGGGAGGUGGUGGAGAGUAUGACACCGCUUGCGCAGCAGAUGAUUGGGUGGCGGUCUGUGAAGCCUGCGAAGCCGAAUGUCUCGGGAUUGAAUAUCACGGAUGCGAAGCUGCUGGAGGAUGCGUUGCAGUUGAAGUCAAACCAGGCGUUAUGA